AUGAAGGCCUCCAGCCUUCUCUUGCUGCUUGUCGCGGUCAUCGGUUUUGCUGCUCCGGCUCCUACCACCAAUUUCACCGCGCAUGGCACAGUGCAGUCUCUUGAGGCUGGCACCGAUAUUGUGAAUGCCUUCACUGCCGACUCCGUCACCACGCAGAGCAAGGGCCACGAAGAAUACUCUUUCGAGCUCUAUAUCCAUGAGUACUGUAACAUUGACGUCAAGAUCGAGCCCCUCAAGCCAGCGUUUCACGUUUACGCCGAGUUCUACCACGAUGACGGCCACGAGUACGGUUGGGAUUUCGAGGGAGGGUUGACUAAAACCUUCGCUCUGGAUACUGCUGGCGACGACAUCUCCAUCCGUCACGACUACGACACUUCUGACACUUUCUUCGAGUACGAAGACUGCAAGUGGAGGGACGGCGAAACAAAGAUUAGGAAGUGUGGGGUGUGCGAUCAGAGCGCACCGUGGGAGGGUCCUGAAGGUGCUAAUCAGCUUGAUUGUGCGAUUGACCCGCACUUGUAUAGGCACCGGAAUCUCGUUUGCUCUUUCUGGCGGAAGACCAAGCCCGGCUCGGUGUUUGUGCUUCCUCCUGGUGAAGACUGGAAGGGAACCACCUCCCGCGACGACCUCCAAGGGUCCUUUCUGGUUGCUCCUGCCGCCGACACCACCACCGUGACUACCCCUAAGGAUAUUCGCAUCGAAGCACCUGUUCGCAAUAUCCAAGCUGUCACUCCCGAUGAUGGUAUCCCCGACAACCUCUACCGCAUCUACGUCAGCUUCUCAGAAUACUGCGACAACGGUGCUCUUAAGGCUCGCGGCUGGAUGAGCAACGGCCAAACAAGGUUCGAGCUUGCUCUGAACCCGACUCAGAGAUUCCCCAUCAAUCUUCACCCUAGCUUGGACCUGACUUUCGGUCCAUACAGCUAUGACCAGCACGGUUUCAUCGUUGAGUACGACGGCUGCAAGUGGACCUCUGAAGGCGGCUAUCCUUGCGGGUGGUGUGAGAUGCAGCCAUGGUCAUUGGGGCCGCUGAAUUGCCAGACUGGCCAGCCUGGGAACCAGCGUCUCACGUACCGAACUUGUUACUUCGUCGACAAUCAUAUGAACGGACAGGUCAUAGGCCGUGACAUCAAGACUAAGACCUCAUCAUCAGACAGCCUGAAGGAGGUCAGUGCCAUUGGCGACUCCUACUCUGCCUCGUCUCCAUCUGUCAACCUUACCAUCGACGUGUUCAUCGACGCGCCCAGCGACGAAUUUCAUGAGAACCAUCUCUACUACUAUUUCACCAUGAGCUUCUCGGAGUUCUGCGAUAAUGGUGCCCUCGCCGUCCGAGGCUGGUGGUACGAUGGUAACAAACACAUUGAGAUCAAGCUCACCGACAAGACCUGGACUUACAUGCGCCUUCACCCACCUGCACCAAACAAGGCGGAUACCCUCGUCGUUGGACCUUACGAUUUCAACGAACACUCAGGGUCCUUCCAGUACGGUGGCUGCAAGUGGACUUCGUUCGGCGGCUUCAAUUGUGGGCUUUGUGAGCCUCACCCUUGGUCAAUGGGGCCGUUGAAUUGUGAGACCGGUGUACCCGGGCCGCAACGAUUCACCUAUAUCGACUGUAAAUUCAUGGAUCCCUACGACAACAUCAAAAUCGCCGGCCGCGACGUCAAGAUUCCCCCGACUCCCUCCACGCCCCUCGAAGAUGUCACGUUUGAAUUCGCGUCCGCCACAGUCACCCCCCAACCCGAGCUCACCACACACGUCGCCGGCGACAUUUUCAACGCGCAAGCCUCAACAAUCGUCCUCAUGCCCGCUAUCAUCGAAACCACGCGCCCCAAUGCCCCCCACGUCCCCGAAUCCCAACACCAAACCGACGUAAUCCUGCCCUUCCACCUGCAAAUCUGGGAGUUCUGUGGUCUCCAAGGCGAGCGUUUGGCGGCUGGCGUGUACACAAACGGGAAUAUGAAGCAGUCUCUUGAAUUGAGACCGGGGUUCAUGACAAGCAUCAAGCAUUGGGUGCCGGGGUAUGAGAAUUUGAAGAUCGGACCGUUUGGUUAUAAGGAGAUAUCCACCGUUGCUAAAGACUACAUACAAGUGCCCCAAUGGAGCUCAUAA